AUGCCUACCUUCUUAGUGACCGGAGCGUCGCGUGGUCUGGGGUUCGCCUUUCUCAAGGAGCUCUCGGCAGAUCGUGAGAAUCUUGUUGUAGGGCUUGUGAGAAACAAGUCAUCUACCGAGAAAAAGAUCGCGGAAGAGCUCGGCUCUCCGGAAAAUAUUCGCAUUGUCGAAGCCGACGACUCUGUUCAAGAGGUCUCGAAACUUACUUCUGGUGUGCUCGAUUACAUCAUCGCAAAUGCAGCCCUGAUCCCAUCCUGGUCCGCAUGGGACGCUGUCGACGUCUUAGCCCAGAAUCCAGAACUCCUUGAAAAGGAUAUACUUGACUCAAUCAAGGUAAACGUGGUUGGGAAUGUUCAUCUUUUCAACCUUUACACGCCUCUCGUUCUCAAUGGUCGGGCCAAGAAGGUGAUUGCUAUCUCCUCAGGCAUGUCGGACGUCGAAUUCAUCCGCGGGUUCGAGAUUGAGCCAGCAGCUCCUUAUGCUGUGAGCAAAGCGGGAGUCAAUGUCGUAGUAGCAAAGUUCGCGGCUCGUUACGCAAAGGACGGCGUUCUGUUCAUGAGCAUCUGCCCCGGCAGCGUGAACACUGACUUCGAAGGGGAGAUGACUGAGGAGAAGACGCAGAAGGCGCUUCGACUGGCAAGCAAGUUUGUGAACUAUGCCCCCGACUUCAGGGGCCCAAGCUCGCCGGAGCAUUCUGCUAAGGCGGUCCUGGGGGUCAUGUUUGAGGCUUCGCUGAAGAAGGGGGACAGUGGAUCAUUUGUUUCUCGUUAUGGAAAUAAGCAGUGGAUGUAG